UCUCUCCCUGUGUUUGGCGAGCUGGUGAGAGCAAACCGUUCUGCAAAACAGGUCGCCUACAGGAGACAAGCAUAUCAUAAUUUUGAGGGAACCCGGAGAGCUUUCUUCUCUCCCAAACCCGCCAAUUCACCCACGAACUCCUGUAAUGUCGUGGAUCGAAGAUAAAUAACCGACAGCUUGUUCUCUCUCUGUUGUAGUGUUGAGCGACACGAGCUACCCCGACACACAGGCAUACACACACAGCUCGGGCGUUCCCGCGACUCCUCUGCGGCCAACGGAAGGGUGUCAGGAGAGAGGAGAGGGAGAACGGAGGAGGCGAAGGGGAGAGAGGAGGGGAGGAAACCCGACUGUUUUGAAGCUAUACGCCAGUAAACAUAGACUAUAAGCAUAAACAGUGAACGAAGAGGAAACCGUCGCAGUGCUAUUUUAAUUCAGUGUGGAUGAAACUAGGAUGAGAGAGACGCCAAAGGAGAGAGACGCCAUCGGUGACAAGUUAAAGGACUCCGCUAUUGGGAUGGCUGAGGUUUCGCAGCAGGAGAGAAUUCAGGCCAUCGCUGAGAAGAGGAAGAGGCAGACAGAGAUUGAGAACAAGAGGAGACAGCUGGAAGAUGACAGAAGACAGCUUCAACACCUAAAGUCGAAGGCUCUGAGAGAGCGCUGGUUGUUGGAUGGGGCUCCAGAGGAAGAUGAGACUCAGAGACGUAUUCAGGAGGACGAAGAGAGGACUAAGGCACUAGAGAAGAGCAUCCUCUGCCUGGAGCAGGAGAUAGAGGAGCUGGAGAAUCCGGUCUUGACCAAAGAGAACAGAGGAGCUGUAAAUGGAGUAUCACAGAACCAGAGUCCUAGAAGAGAACUAACAGGAGUAGAAGCCAAGCUUUUGGGUCCCAGUCCAGACCAGGCCAGCGCUGAGAACCCUGUUACCCUGGUCUUCAUGGGCUAUACAGCUCUGGAGGGUGAGACAGCAGGGGAGGUGGGGGAGGCAGGGGGAACAGAGGGUGGAGACGGCUCAGUCAAGGCGGAGUUUGUGAUGCUACCAGACGGGGAGGUGAAGGGGGUAAGAGAGGGGGAGACAGAGACCCAGGCAGCAGCCAAUGGGAGUACGGGUGAGAAGGGGGAGGCAGGGGGGAAAUGGGGGAGGAGGGGAGGAGGGGGAGAAGGAGAAGAAACAGAGUUGCAAGUGUUGCACAGUCAUGUGAGUGUUUGUGUGUGUGUGUGUGUGUGUGUGUGUGUGUGUGUGUGUGUGUGUGUGUGUGUGUGUGUGUCAGAGGAAGAGAGACUUGAGUGCGUACGUGUGUAUGCGUGUCUGAUCACACACUUAUCAGGACUACAAAACCAAACAGUCCGACUCCUCCUGCCAAGCAGCAAAAACUACAGCCAACACCAACCAUAUACAGCCAACAGACACUGGAGAAUCAGUACUACUUUGUAUUACUGUAGUAGUACUACAACAACAACCUACAGCCAGGACAAUAUACACUAGAUUAUGUAUUAAUCUAGUACUACAAUAACAACCUACAGCCAGGACAAUAUACACUAGACUAUGUACUACUCUAGUACUACAAUAACAACCUACAGCCAGGACAAUAUACACUAG